AAAACGCGUUUUUUUAUGAAAUUUGACGUAAAUUUUUUGGGGACGUUUGCAUCUUGUCACAUAAAAAAAAAAUUAUUUCCAAACAACCGUUUUGGAUGAAGAAAAAAUAUAAAAAUGGCCAAUGUACGUACAUAAAAAUUGUGACUUCACGUGAAUAUCGAUUUUAUAGCAAAUGGCAAUCCAACAGAUGGGUAACUUUUAAAUUGAAUUUUAAUUUAAUUUCAAAUUGUAUUUGAAAAUAAAAAUGAGGGGAUAAAGUCGUGUUUGUGUUUUAUAUCUUAAAAAUAUGUUUUUAUUUUAUAUUUUUGUUUUGAUACCAUUAAUUAAAGCAAGUGAUAAUUAUGCACCCAGUUAUCGAUCUAGUGUCAUGGAUGGAGAUAAGCCGAUACUUCGGAUGCCCCCUAAUUCAGAAUCAGAACCAGAAGAAGAUCUUCCUCCAAGCCAAACUAAUAGAGAAGAUGCAAAGAUGGUGAAAGACGUGGGAAUCCUUAUUGAAUGGCUUGAAGAUAACUUCGGAUAUGACCUGGCGACAGCCAGGAAGCAUAACACGGAAGGAGAAAAGCCACAUAAAAAACACAAGAAAAAAAACUCUAAGGAAAAGAAACCAAACAAUUCGGACCCUGUUUGGGUAAGGGAACUCAAAGAUUACUUAAAGGACCUCACCACACGCUUCAAACAGCAAGAUAUAGCAAGUUACACGAAUCCUAUUAUUGCAUCAAUAGAAAAGAAACAUGAUGUGAAAAUAAACGAUAUUGAUGUGGAUCAAUAUGGUGAAAUAUCAAUAAACUACACUGAAUUAAAGAAAGAAAAGAAGGAAAAGAAAAAGAAGAAAUCAAGUAAAGGCAAGUAACGAACGCGGCAACGU